UCUCCACAGGGGAAAAACAGCUUAGCCAGUCCGGGAGAGGAAGAAGAAGAGAGGAAAUCCAGAGAGCCAGGGAAUAAGGAUCAGGUGUGUGGUGAGUGAGUGAGUGAGCGUGUGUGUUGUGUUGUGAAGAGUCCCCGGCGCUGAUGAGCGGUCCUGCAGGCUCAGCACAGACAGCAGACAGCGGCAGCAGCGGCAUCGGCAUCAUCGGCGAGAUGCAGUCGCCCCCGGCAACCUCCUCCUCCCCCUCCUCAGCCUCCUUCCUGCCGGCUCCGACUGGCAAGAUCCCGGGCCGCAAGAGGGGCCGGCCCCCGCUGCACCGCAACCUGGCUAAGAUGGACUUCCCCAGCCGCUACCCGGAGGUGCUGCCGCCCCUCAAAGUGCCCAAGAAGAGGGGAAGGAAACCCGGAUUCAAGCUAAAGCCCAGGAUGUUGAUGACCCCUCUGGCCAUCUCUCCUCCCAGCAGCACCCCUGAGCCCGACAUGAGCUCCAUCCCCCAGGACGCCGCCACCGUCCCCCACUCCUCCACCGACCAGGAGCUCACAGUGUGCAUCUACAUAAACAAGCAGGCUCACGUGGGGCCCAACCUGGACCGUAAGAAGGUGCAGCAGUUACCGGAUCACUUCGGUCCCGACCGGCCCUCCGUAGUCCUCCAGCAGGCCGUGCAGGGCUGCAUCGACUGCGCUUUCCAGCAGAAGGCCGUCUUCACCCUGCUCACACAGGGCUACGGAGGGGAGAAGAUCUCAGCCACGUUCGAUGGGAAGCAGCACCUGCUGAGUCUGCCGGUGGUGAACAGCGUGGGCUACGUGCUGCGCUUCCUCAAGAAGCUGUGCCGCAGCCUGCACUGUGAGAACCUCUUCAGCGACCAGCCGCCAGUCACCCAGCACAACGGGGCCUCCUACCAGACCGACACCAUGCCGCUGUCUGGUGAGGCGCCCAUGCCGGAUGAUUACCUCUCUGAGGCGUCAGAGCUGCAGCAGCGCUACUCGGUAGACCCCAGUGACUCCGCCUUCAGCUGUAUGAACUCGCCCUAUCCCCCCAAGCCCGUCUACGGGGGAGGAGGAGGAGGAGGAGGUGGAGGAGGAGGAGGAGGAGGAGGAGGAGGCUUCCGCUCCCACCAGCCACACCACACCUCCCCGCUCGGCACCCACUGCGGACACAGCAGCAGCCCCAGCAACUUCAUAGACAGCAACAGGGCAGACUCCCAGGAGUCUCCAAAGCGCCCCCUCUGCAAGGACCCCGCCACCUGGAGUGUAGACGACGUCAUCUGGUUCAUCAAGGACGCUGACGCUCAAGCUCUGGGGCCACACAUAGACGUGUUCAGGAAGCAUGAGAUUGAUGGCAAUGCCUUGCUGCUGCUGAAGAGCGACAUGAUCAUGAAAUAUCUGGGCCUGAAGCUGGGGCCUGCGCUCAAGCUGUGCUACCACAUCGACAAACUCAAGCAGAGUCGCUUCUGAUCCAGCUGACCUGACCUGACUGAUUGCAGGGGAGAAGGAGGAGGAGGAUGCCCCUCUUCAUCCUACCCCUGUCCCAGCCAGGCCCUCUCCACCACACCACACCAGAUCCGACCACACCAGACCAGUCUGUCCUCGGCCCCCCACACCACCACCCAACACCCUGCCACUUUAUCACAUUAUAGUUACUUAAAAGGUCCUGUGGGUUUUUUUGUGGUUGGAUGUUUAUUUCCAGACUUAAUGCUGCCCAUUUACAUACAGGAUUUUCCAUGCAUAUGUAUUUAUACUACAAAAGUAUUCAUACUAGGCCUAUUCAUACUACAUCAUACUGAGCAGUAAGACCAGUAAAUAUUCGUUUAUAUUUCCUUAGUACAUUCUCAUGAAAAAGAUAUAAUUUAUGAAUGGGCAGCAUAUUUGGGAUGUAAAGUACUAACCUCACUGACACAAUGGACCUUUAUAGAAAUUGUGGCCCACAGAGAAUGUUCUACUGGGAUAACAACCUGAUAAUGUAAUGCUUAAAGGGGUAUGCCACUAUUUUGGGGCUUAAUACAGUUAAAAUCGUGCUUGCUACAAUGCUACACGGAUCCAUUGACUUUCACUAGCUUAGCGACAUAUUCCCUCUUUUAACUUGUCUUAAAGCAAGACAACGGCUUACAUGAAAAAUAAGACACUUUACCACCUUUAUAAACCCCAGCCAACGAUUUUAUCUGUAUUAAGCCCCAAAAUAGUGGCAUACCCCUUUAAGAUAUGAAUGGCAGACCUGUAAUGAGCACAUAGGCCAGAUGGAUAUAUCAGUACAAGAAGGCCAUCGUGAGUAAGUAGCACUUCUAGAGUCAGCAUAUGGUGGUCGUAGGCAGAAGCUUAGUGUGUGGUGUGAUUUUUUUCACAUGGUGGCAAUGCUCUAAAGAGUCACCCUAAUAAUUUAUUUUUGGGUGGAGGCGGCUGGUCUUACAAAAAAAGCAUUAUAAAUUCUGUGGACAUUCCUUAAUCUCAACUAUUAUGUGUGCAAAGAGAAUGUGUGACCGUAAGGCAGUAUCCUGUGUUUUGUCUGCUGUAUUAAAGUGAGUGCAAAACUGCAUUGCAUUACUGGGACGACUGAACAACUUCAAUGAUAGCUGGAAAUCACACAUUGGGUUGUUUUUAUCUGUUUUUUUAGACCUUCUGGGAGUACUAAACACAAUGAAAAAUGAAAAUUAAGUCCUGGGAGAUUGGUGUGCAGACUUCAUUUUCCUUUUUCAUGUGACUUUGCUAGUCCUGCACCCAAAACUUUUUCGAGAAGGAUGUGUGUGUUUUUUUCUUUGUUAUACUGGUACUAAACACACAACCAGCAUACAGUACAACCAUCUCAGUGGACCUGAAGUUGAUACUAGGCGUUCAUCUCAGGUUCUUUCCUAUUUCUCUGCUCUUCUUCUUAUUCACUUGUGUGCAAUUCGUCACUACCACUUUCCAGAGGAACAACACGUGCAUAAAGCAAGUCAUCUGACAAGGAGGAAAUGGUUAUGAAGAAGAAUUGUGAUUGAUGCUUUGUAUAUGAGGCUCUAGAGACACAGUAUUUAAAUACAUUACUAUGCAUGUCACAAUUAAACAACAAAUUUGAUCAGCGAAAUAUUGUAUCGAUCCACAAAUGACUCUUUCCAUUCCACCCAGAACUGUCUUUGAAGUGUUUUAAUUCAAUUUAACUCACCACUACAAAUGCUCCACCACAAGAAGCUGAAAGGUUUGGUUAAUUGUC